AUGCCCUUCAAGCAUGACUUUGCUCCCGGGGACAGGGUGGUAGUCAAAGUCCACCGCCACAACCCUUUCCACCACGAGGAGUCGUACAAGGCGGGCGAGCAUGGAGUGAUCAUCGAGGCUCAAGAGCGGUCAACUACGGUCCACCUGCGGCUGGACGGUUUCCUCGGGAAACAGGGCAAUUAUUUCAAGGUGCAAGCCGUCAAGCCGCUUUUCACGCUGCCGGUUCGGCAUCGGUUUGUGACAGCGAGUGUGCUUCACAUCCAAAAGCUGCCAGAGCUGAUGCUCUACGAUUUCGCGGUCUGGGAGCGAGCCGCUGGCAAGCCCGAAUCAGGCCAUUUCAUUGGCCGUAUCAUGGCGGUCAGUGAAGAUGAGGAAGGCCAGCUCUUCGCAGUUCAGCCGUAUGUCAUGGCACAUCAG